UUCCGAUUCCAGCGAACAAAACGACUCCUAAGAGUUUGAUUUCAUUGUAUUCCACGACUUAUACUCAGGCAACCACUACCAGAUGAGAAAAAUGAUCAAAUUGAAGAUUAAAGAAUAUGCUUUCCGACUAACAUCAGCCCUUACUCGUUUCCGAUGAACAAGAAACUGCCUAUGAUCCCACCGAAAAAUCCCACCGAAAAAGUACAUGUCUGCAGGUCUUAAAUGGUGAAGAAGAGCCUGAAUCAUUGGCUAAGGCUAACUAAAUCAUGAACAACUUCCUCCUACCAUCUAGCACAGUUGGGUGUUUCUUGAAUUCCAUAACUGAAUCAGUUGGGUCUUUCUUCUUAGGUGAAGGUGCUGAAUGAUUAAGACCAGUUAUCCACAAAAUAUCCGAGUCUCUUGUCGAUACUUUUCUCCCUUGAGGUUAUCCACAUAGUGUGAAUGAAGGGUAUCUUAGAUACACACCAUUUCGAGCAUUACAACACUUCUCCAGUGCAGCAUUAUCUGUCUUAUCAACUCAGGAUUAAGACCUACACCAACACAAGCAACCGCAACCAGUUGGAUACACUUAAGGAUGGAAUGCAGCAUGUGGGAAAGCUAAUGUGUAGCAAGUUAGGUGCAAAAAUUGAUUUUGAACCCAAACGAUGGCGAACUUUUGCUUAUAUGUUAUAUGACUUUGGCUCUGGUUUGGAAGUUCUUUCCCCAUUAUGUCCACCACUGUUUCUUGAAAUGGCUGGACUUGGAAAUUUUGCAAAGGGAAUGGCCAUGGUUGUUGGCUGCAAGGGCAACAAGAUUGACAAUUUAUUCUUCAUUUGCAAAAGAGAGGAAUCUUAGUGACUUAUAUGCAAAAGGAGAGGCGAUUUCUACUGUGUUUAAUGUUCUUGGAUUGGGUGCAGGGAUUCAGUUUGUUCAUCAAUGCAAGGAAAGGUGCAAUAUUUUAUAUCUUGCAAACACACUAAAAAUGUUAAUGUCGUCCUAGUCCUACUGGUGACAUACAUGUUUGUUUCAAACAUUCUUUAUGUCUAUUCAUUUCAAGCUGACGAAUAUUGAUUGGUUGCAUGGAAA